AAGCAACAGUCCUGAGGAGGACUGGGGGAUAAUCAAGGUGAUGUCCUCUCCCAGACUUAUUCCCCUAUGGAAGGAUUUUAAAUACUUGAUAAAUGACAUCAUACAAAAUAUCAAGCCACCUUUAGAUGAACUAAAGAAUGACCUAGUUGUGCUGAGUGACCGGUCCCAGAUACUGUUCAUAGAAUCUCGCCAUCCUCAAAAUAUGCCGCUAAUAUGCUAUUACUUCAGUGAUGCCUACUUCUUUGCCUCCCUCUCUUGGGUGACAACAAGCACAAAAGAAAUACAGGCUGUAGUAUGGGUGAAGAGCAAAACUGAGAACAUGGUUGAGAAGAGAACAUUCUCCAUGACUGAACGACUGCCGCCCAUCCAGUCCAUGGUCCACACAGGUUCCUUUCAUAUCCUUGUGGCCUACUGUGGUGACCUGCUCCUACGGCUCUUUGGGGACCACUUUCGGGCAUUCAAACCCCUGGGUAUAGUGCCCUGCCGCUUCAACAUCAGCUGCCUCUGCUAUGACCCGGAAAUGAAGAUGCUUCUGUCUGGCAUCCUGGGGGCAGUGGUCACCUGGGUCAUUGAGCAAAGUGGAAAGGGCCUCCAAAUAGCCCACAUGGUUUCCUUGGCUGGUGAUGAGCUUGUCCAGGACAUCAUACUUAAUGGCCCCGAAGGCUCCCUCCUAGCCCUGUGUGAGACUGUGGUGAGGGUCCUUGAGCGCCAGGGCCAAGGCCAGCUGGGAGAGGUGAAGAAGUUCACUUCCACCAGCAGUGGGUCCUCUAUUACCUGCUGCUUUACUUGCUUUGAUCAGGGCUUUCUCUAUGCUGGAAACAAGGCUGGGGAAAUCCAAGUAUGGAGCCUCAGUCACGGGCAGUCCCUCCACAGUUUCAAGGCCCACUCCUCACUAGUGGUACGUAUCCACAGCCGGCCAGAGGUCCACACUCUGCUAACAGCUGGUGCCGAAGGCCUCAUCAAGGAGUGGAACCUGACUUCAGGGAACCUGCUUCGGCGGCUAGAACUUGGCGAGGAGCUUCACCAAGUCCAUUUUAUUGAUAGCACUACUUUUUUCUGCCAAACUACUCAUAGGUUUUCCUUGCGAUGUCUGCCCUGCUUCUACAGCCUCUUCCAUGUCUGUGGUUCUGCUCCCCAGCAGGUGCGUCGGGUCUGCUGUGGAGAUAACUGGUACCGGAUCCUGUGCACUACCGAGGAUGGCUUGUUGCGCUUUGUGUCCCCAUUAACAGGAGAUCUUCUGAUUCUCACCUGGGCCUUCUCAAUCCUGGACCGGGCUGUGGAUUGGGCCUAUGACCCAAGUAAAGAGGAGCUGUUUGUGGCAACAGGGAGCUCCGAGGUGCUGGUAUUUGACACAACCCGCUGCCCCUGCCCAGCCAAGUAUCUCUUAUGUACCUCCACAGAUUCUCAGGACUUCGUACAAUGCCUGGCUUACGGGCAUUUCCACUUGGGGCGGGGUCUAGAAGGACUGAUAUUCUCCGGGCACCAAAGUGGUAUGAUAAGAGUGCUUUCCCAGCACCGCUGUGCCCGAAUAGAGAAAUUCAUGCACUUUGGGGCUGUACUGGCACUCUCCACGCUGUCUGGAAGGUUUUUUGGUGGCCGAGAAAACUCUUUGCUCUGUUCCUAUGGGAUGGACAACUAUGUACACCUGUCAGAAGCUGUGCUUGAUGGGAUCAGAGUACAAUUACAGCCCCUCGCCAGCAUUCUUAGCAGCUGUCACCUGACCCACCUGAUACUCUUGCCCAUGGCCGUGGGGGCCAUCACAGAGACUAACUGCCUGCGUCUCUGGAAGUUCCAUGAUCUUCUGUCCUCUGUGUCACAGGAAGGCUCAAAGUUCAUAGAGACAUUGCCUUUGCACCAGUGUGCCAUCAUAUCCUUCGAUGUCUGCCUGUCCUUGAGUCUUUUUGUCACAGGUGGUAGUGAUGGCUCUGUCCGAAUCUGGGACUUCCAUGGUAGACUUAUAGCCAUGCUUGACUCAUCAUUGCAUUUUGGCCCACUCUGUUUUGCAAAUGACCGCGGAGACUUGCUUGUGACUUUCAACCAGAGUCUUUAUCUGGUGUCCUGUUUAAAAUUGCUUCCCCCAACCCUGCUGGCUCUUCUUUCCUUGAUGAGCUUAACAGAUGAAGUACUAGAAGUCCCUAAGCCUUUCAUACCAGGCUUCUUUUUCUCCUUUGAGACUAUGUUUGUGCCCAAGUAUAUCUACCUUGGACAAGGGAAACAAGAAUUAGUAGGUCUGGAGAGCCUUGUCAAUAAGCGGGCCAUUGCCUUUGACCAUUCUGUGCCACAUGUCAUAGAAGAAGAUGAGGAAGGGAGCCCUGUGUUAUUGCAUACCUCCAUACGUGAUUCUGUGCAGGGGAUGGAAAAUGAUUGGAUACAGAUGAGCCAACUUCACCAUCCCCAUUAUGUGCUUCCUCCCCAACUACAGCUGACUAGCUGGGAUGGACUCAACCCCUAUCAGAUAUUGAGAUACUACUUUGGUCAUGGGCGUGAAUGGCUCUUUGCCCCUGAUUGCUACAUCCCCAACUCAGUGAUUCGUGCCCGUCUUUGGCCAGAGGGCAGCCCAAUAUACCUACAGUGCAACCUGCACUCACCCCGGCGGGAAUUGGAAUGGGACACAUCUCAACAAUUCUUCUGGCACAGCAGGGUAAGAGCUGUAAGUGAUGUAGCAGAUUAUUCAAAAGAGAAGGAGGAUGAAGACUUCAUAGUAAGGAGAAUAUCCACGGACAUAACCUACAGGGUCCUUACAGAUGUAUCAAACCGAAGCUGGCUGGGAAAAAAGAUGAGUGAAAUAGCUAUUAAUAGCAUGAUUGAAGCAAUCCUCAAUAUUAUGAUCCAUGCUUCUCCAUUGAAGUUCCAAUGCUGUAUUGCUGCACUAGGGCAAAUCUUUGCUGCUUAUCAGGUGUCUCCAUCCCUGCGCUCUGAGACAGCCCAUCUUCUGCUGGAUGAUACAAUCAAUUCGAACCCACUCAUCCGAGAACUAGCCUGGGAAGGGCUGAAGCGUCUGGGAAUGAUUACUCAUCUCUUUGCCUUGCCUCUGGCCCAAGCAUUAAUGGACAAGGACCAAAGAGUGAGGAGUAAGGCCUUGAGCCUCAUGGCUGAAACUGGAGUCCACUCUAGGACCUCACUCUUACAGUUGAUCCAGAACCAAGAGACUUUCCAGGAGAUGCAGCAGGAGAUGAUUGGGGAGGAAACCCUGGAUCAUCUGCUGGGGAUGCGGCCCACAGAUCUCCAAAUCCUUCACACUCAAGUGGAGCAGCGAUUGAAUGAAAACCUGACCAUGUCACGUACAGAUGGAAAGCCUGCUUUUUCUUUAGAUGUCUCAAGGCCUUCCCUAUUUAAGUCCCCUCCCAUUCAACUUUCCACAGUUCCUGAAGAAUCUGAAGUGGCCAUCAAGCGCAGCAAAGGCCCAAGACGGAGACGAGCAGGAGGCAAAAGGCAUGCCCGAAAAUUGUUGCGGGGUCUCAAGAAGAUGGAAGAGGGACACUCUAAACAGAUUAGCAUAGAGCCAGGUCCCUUAGAAGAUGAAAGUGAUCAGAGUGAAACUGUACCAAUUGAGAUGGAGGAUAUCCAUUCCAUAAGGUCUUCAAUCGCCAGUGUAAUAAACGUCUCAAAAGAUGCUGAACCUCCAGAGAUAGAUGUCUCAAAGGAUCAUACUGCAUUAACCAUGAAGAUGCUGAAGAAAAUACGUGACAAAAGAGGCAAGAGAACAAUGGCUCAGAAACCCAUAAAGGGGCACAAGAAGAAGAAAAAAGCAGCCAAAGUUAUAAGUGAGGAAUCUGUGCCUCCUGUAGUGGAAGAACCAGUUAUGAGAAAGAUUAUAACAAGAGAGCGGGGUGCCUCCGGAAUGCCUGGCCACAGGACUACCCCUGGAGAUGGCUCAUUAUGGCGGAAUGAUCUAUGUCGUCUUAUGACCCUGAGGAUAUCUGGUUCCCAAACAAAAAUGUCGGAAGAUCUAAACAUUGAGCUAGUGACUAUAGCUCAGGAGGUGCUCGCAGAUCGGCACCCCAGCUGGGAACUCUUUCAGGAGAUCUGCCCCCUGUUGAAGAAAGAAAGCGAGGUUCUGCUCGAGGACCUUGAUUGGGAUGUGAUCUGGCAAGAGGAGAAACCAAUGUUUAUUCAUGAAGAAGCAGUUAGCGAGUACAGAGACGAGGUGGUGAUCAAAGAAAAGGAAGAGAUACCAAAGGGGCAAGAGCAAGUGCAGAAGGAAGCAAGGGAUAUGCAAGACUUGGAGGAAACCCAAGUGAUUCCCAAAAAAGGCAAGAGAAAGAAAGUUAUUUUUUUAGAACCAGGUGACCUAACCAAGGGAAAACAAAUAUCAAAGAAAGAGAAGAAAUCCUUUAAGAAGUCAUCUAAGCAAGAGGGGAAAGCAGUCCAGCAGAAAAGAAAAGUGGAUAAAAAAGAGUGGGAAAUGACCCAUGAAGAGAGGGAUAUGAGUGAGAAAGUGGAGGAAAUGGCCAAACUAGAGGAGGAAGUGGUUGAGGAAGAAGGAAGACCAGUUACAGUUGAGAGGAAGCUGUCUUGGCAGGAGUGGAAGAAGUCCUGGGACGAGUGGAAACAGGUACACAGUGAGACCAGGAUAUCCUGGGAGGAAUGGAAGAAAGAUUCUGAAAGGAGGCAUCUUCAGGAAGAGGAGAAACUAUACCAGGCCAAAGAGGAGCUAUUCUCAGAUAAGGAAACACUGGAGGGGGACAAGAAGAAGCUGAAAUGGGAUGAGUGGAAACCGUUCUGGGAAAAUAUGUUGUCAUCCAGGUCCAAGGCACAACAGUACAAGGAUGAGGAAGAAUUGACUCCGGAGAAAGAAGUGUUUCAGGAGUGGGAAGAAGAAGAAGAAGAGCUAGUCACAGAAGAACAGAGACAGAUCCAGGAAGAACAGAAAUGGGCCAGGGUACAGAAGAAACAAGCCCAAGGUGAAAGAAAACAAGCCAAAGAAGAGAAGAAACUGGCACAAGAAGAAAAGAAACUUGCACAAGAAGAGAGAGAACUGGCCCAGGAAGAGAGACAACUGAUCCGAGAAUAUGUGAGAAUGUCCUUGGGAGAUGGAAAAAUGGCCCAGGCAGACAGAAAGUUUGCCAAGAAAGAGGAAAAACUGGCCCAAAGAAGGGAGGAGCUAAGCCAGAGAGCAGAGAAAUUGGCUCAGGAAAGGAAGAAACUGGCCAAGCAAUUGGAGGAAGUGGCUCGAGAAGAAGAGAAACUAGCAAAUAAAGGAGGGAAGCUGGCUGAGGUAAAAAAUAUAUUGGUCCAGAAAGUGGAAAAACUGGCCCAGGAAGAGAAACACAUAGCAUGGCAAGAAAAGGAGCUGGCCCAGGAAUUGGAGGCGCUGGCAUGGGACAUGGAAGUCCUGGUUUGGAAAGAAGAUGAACUGAAUCAGGAGGAGGUGAAACUGGUUGCGGAAAAGGAGGAACUGGCUGAGGAAGAGAAGACACUGGUCUGGCAAGAGGAGAAACUGGCUGAGGAAGAGAAAAAACUGGUCCAGGAAGAAGAGCUGCUGAUCCAGGAAGAGGAGAAACUGGCCCAGGACAAGGAAAAAAUGUCUGAAGAAAAGGAAAGACUGGCCCAGAAAAAGAAGCAAUUGAUGGAGAAGAAGGAGAAACUGGCCCAGGAAAGGCAAAAAUUGGUCCAGAGCAAGGAAGAACUCACACAGAAAAAGAAGAUACUGGCCCAGAAGGAGGAGAAUCUGGCUCAGGAAAAGAGGAAUAUGGCUAAGGAUAAGGAAAAAUUGGCUCAAAGGAAAGAGACCCUCCUCUAUGUCAAAGGAAAACUCACCCAGAACAAAGAGCAAUUAGGCCAAGGAAAGAAGAAAAUGGAGAGGUACGAGAAGAAACUGGUUCAGAUAGAGGAGAAGUUGAAACAGGAAAAGGAGAUAGUGACCCAGAAGAAGAAGAAACUGGCUGAUGAAAAGAAAAAACUGGCCCAUAUAGAGGAAAGUCUGGUUAAGGAACAGGAGAAAUUGGCCCAGGAAAAAAUGAAAUUAACUAUGGAGAAGAAAGCAAUGUUGCAAGAAAGGAAACUGCUCAGAGAAGAGUUGGAUAUUACUAAGGAAGAAGAAGAGUUGAACAUGGAAAUGGAGAAACUGGCCCAAGAGAAGAUGAGAUUGGCUGAAAGAAAGGAAGCUCUCUCCAAGGGAGAGACUCAAGAAACCUCAAGCCAGAGAAGAUUGACUGAGGAUGAAAUACAACUAACUCAGAAGAAAUUGACAGAACAGGAGAUGAUACUGAUGUAUGAAGACAGGAUAUUGGCCACAGAGGAAAUGGACAUUGCCAAAGGAAAACUGGAACUUACUAGAGGACAGAGAGUAUAUGCUCAGGAAGAAAGGAAGUUAGCCAGAGCAAUAAGAAAGUUGGCUGAGAAAAAGAAGGGCAUUCCUAAGGAACCAGCAAAAGCGAGCAAAGUCUUAAAGGUACUACAAAAACUAAUCAGUGACGAAAGGAAACUAACCCAGGAAGAAAUAAAGAUGACAAAGAUAAAGAGGUCAUUCCUUGUUAUGGAGAGCAGAUUGAGCAAGGAACAGAAUAGGCUUGAUAGCAAAGAGUGGGAUUUUUCUGAGGAACCAUCAGAACUGACAAAAGAUGAGAAGAAACUGGCUCAGAAGCAGAGAAAACUAGCCAAGGAAAUGAGAAGAAUGACAAAUAAAGAGAAAAAAAUGACUGAGGAAGUAAGCAGGCUGGCCAGGGAAGAGGGAGAAUUCAAAGUCACAGAGGAUGAAGAGGAGGAAGCAGAAAUAGAGGAAGAGGAAAUCCCAUCCCUUAAACAGAGGUGGAAAACAAGAAAAGAGUCAAAGAGAGUUGAUACACCACCGGAAAAGGUUUCUAGUCAAGUGGAUGAGGUGGAAAGUGAAGGGAGCUUUUCUGAAGAAAUAGAAAAACUGUUAGAUGAAAUAGAAGGAGAGAGUGUGUCAGAGGAGGAGGAAGAGGAGGAGGAAGCGAAGGAGGAGGAGGAGCAAAAGGGGCAAGAAGAAAAGGAUGAGGAGGAGAGGAAGAAAAAGAAGGUGGUUCAGGAGGAGGAGGAAGUGUUGGAGGCGAUGGUGGAAAGCAUGAGUGAGGAAGAGAUGAAGAGUUUGAGUGAGAAGGAAGAGGAGAAAAGCUCAUUGGAAGAAGUAGACAAAAAAGAGGUCUUAAAAAGAGAAAAACUGUUUAAGUUACACAAAGAAAGAGGAAAAGACCUAAGAGAAAGAGAAACAGUCCCCACCGUUGGAAAAAGAGUCCUUGAGAGCAAAGGCAGUGCUGUACAACCAGGAGUUCUGAAGAGCCCUCUCAAGAAACCGAUCUCAGUACCUCUGGAGAUAGAAGAGAAGAUACUAGGGCAAGAGCCAGUGAAACAAGUAUCCUGGGAAGAUAACAGGGCCACAGUACUCAAGAUGUCCGGGGAAUCCUCAGGGACAAGGUUUAUGGAUAAACAAAGAGAACUGUUUGGGAAAUAUAGAUCCAUACCUCUACAUGUUUUGGAAACAGUUUUGGAAUCCCAGGAGCAGGACAUAAAGACUCCAAUCAUGUCCCACAUGUUUAAGAAGACCAGGGAAGAUCAGAAACUCCAGUACAAACUACCAGGUGCCAGGGAUAAGUGGUUUUUGAGACAUCAUCUGCCUCUGAGGGGACAGACUGAGGUACAAUUACCUACCUCCAAAAUCCUGGCUGAGGAACACUAUCCAAAGGUAAGCUAUUCAGAUGUAGAGUGGAUCCAUCAUGUUCUAGAACAGAUGGAAGCAGGAGAACAGCUUUCCAGGGAUAGUUUCCACAGAUUGUGUCAGCUCCUCAAAGACCUCACCUCAGAGGGAAACUUACAAUGGCUUCAUAUGGCCAAACUUGAAGCCAUUGUGCGCCAUCACAAACAGGCCGUAGAAUCACAAAGUACAAGGAUCUCAAAACUCAGUAAGGAGUCCAUGAGUCCCAAACACCUGGAAGUGAUUCCUCCCAUUAAAGGAAAAGAAAAGGGGCAUUGGCUAAAACCUUUGUCUGUCCCCACACUAAAGUCACCAUUAGCUACCAAGAAGAUUCCAGACCCAAAAGCUAUAAAUUGGCAUUUUCUAGGAGAGCCUUACAGAAGUGGGUGGGCACAGCAAAUAUCCAUUGCUCUCAGAGAGAUGGAGAUGCAACACAUUUAUCCUGCCACAAGAGACAUUUUUCCAGGUGCCCAUACCUCUGUGGAAAAACAAACCCUGGCACUGAUGUUUCAAAAGGACUUCUGGGAUUUUAAGGAUAAGGGCAGGCUUCCCAAAUUGCCCAAGUUGGAGAAGAAGGUACAGCCCAUCUCUAAAAAGCAACAGGUGCCUCUAUGGGAGACAUUUGUGGCACUGUACCAUGUUUUGCGGAUGCUGAAGCAGCGAUAUGCUAAAGACAGCGCUGCUUGGAUGGAACAGUUCUACCAGCUCAUGGACCUGUACCAACUUAAGUCCCCCCGAAUCCAGAGGUUGCUACAGGAGCUGCUACUGAGAGUAGAACCUCAACCCCAAGAGAUCAUCUACAAAGAGGCCUUAAAGGCCACGGAGCUAGUUCCUGGGGAGCGGUUGUUCUACUGCCUGUAUUGUGGUGGCUCCCAUACCCCUAGAAGCCCUCUGGAGUUCCAGGAUGUGGUACCUCUUCCUGGGCAGAACAACGUGCGCACCAUACUUCCCAUGGGCGUCGCCCAGUAUGGGAUCUUAGAACUUGCCUGGAAGAGCCUGCCCCAAGCUGAUAUUCACCUCACCAAGGAAUUGCCCCACAUUGUUGCUCCCACUCCCUAAUUUGGGACUGAAUGGAGGUCAGGACUUUUCAUCCCUAACUGGAGAAAGGUCUGGUCACCAAAAUCUAGACCUUUAUCUCUAGGGCCCACACAGAGGUAGGGCCAGGUCAAAGCCCCUUCUCUACUUAGCUCUGGAAACCAGUUUCUAUAUGUGGAAUAAAGAGGAGG